AUGGGGAAAAGGGGGGAGAUCCAUCAGGAAAAAGGAGGGAUCGAUCCGGGAAAAGGGGGGAUCAAUCGGGAAAGGAGGGGGAUCAAUCGGGAAAGGAGGGGGAUCAAUCGGGGAAAAGGGGGAAUCCAUAGAUCGGGGGGGGGGGGCGGGGAAAAGGGGGAAUCCAUCAGGAAAGGUGGGGGAUACAAAAGGGGGAUCCAUCGGGAAAAAAGGAGGGAUCGAGCAAGAAAAAAGGGGGGAUCCAUCGUGAAUGGUGAGGAGUCGAUCGGAGAAAAGGGGGAGAUCUAUUGGGAAAAGGGGGGAUCAAUCGGGGGAAACGGGGGAUCGAUCGGGAAACAGGGGGGAGCAAUUGGGAAAGGUGGAGGAUUGAUCGGGGAAAGUGGGGGAUCCAUAGGGAAAAGGGGGAAUCCAUCAGGAAAAAGAGGGGGACCCCUCGGGAAAAAGGGGGGCGACCAGGAAUGA